CUCUUAGCUCCUCUUAAUCUUAUAAAUAAUAAACUACCCAUUUGAGAAAAACACGCAAACAAAAAUGGAGGGUUUUUGGCCUGAAAACCUAGUCAGUACCAAUUUCAUUCAAAAAAAGGUGAAUGAUGAGCUUGUCGCAGGCCAAGAACUCGCGAAGCAGCUCCGAAAUGUUCUUGCUAAAUCUGAUGAUGAUCCAAGAUCUGCGGAAGAUCUAAUGAUGCAGAUAGUGAAAUCUUUCUCCAACACCCUUUCCAUAUUGAAUUUCGAAGAGGGUCAUGAUGUUGCCUCUGUGAUAUCUCAAAUCCAAACUGAUUUACCAUGUUUGGAUGCUCGGAAAAUGAAAGAUCAUUCUCGAGAAAGUUUUAGGAGGAGUACUACCACUCCCACUAAAAAGGAUCGAAGGGCUUUCUAUGAUAGAAGAAGAACCAGUUCCUUAAGGACAUGGAAUAUAGAUACUCCAACUCUCAUCAACGAUGGUCAAACGUGGAGGAAGUAUGGACAAAAAGUGAUUCUCAACGCCAAAUACCCCAGGCACUAUUUCAGGUGCACAUACAAGUAUGAUCAAGGCUGCAAAGCCACGAAACAAAUUCAGAGAAUUCAAGUGAAUCCCCCACUAUACAGGACAACAUAUUUUGGGAAUCACACAUGUAGGAAUCUCCAUCAGGAUCCUGAAUUGAUCUUGGAUUGUACCAGUCCUAGUGACACUUCUAUUUUCAUCAGCUUCGACAGUACCAAUCUUAUAAACAAACAAGACCAUGUUCCCUUUCUGUCAUCCUUGUCUUCAAUCAAACAGGAAAUAAAGGAGGAUAUCAUAACAUGUGAUGCCAACCAUAGCUUCCAAACAUUCUCAUCGUCGGAUAAUUUCAUGUUCCCUGAUCUGGCGGCUUUUCCAUCGCCUGCAGAGGCCAUGGCGGUUUUGUCAUCGACUCUGGAUCAGUCUGAUUAUGGGGAUGCAAUGUAUGGGAUGACGGAGUAUGAUAACUUUUUAUCUUGAUAUUUUCCAGUUUUGAUGAUGAGUACGUACGUAUAUGGAUUACCGUUGUAAAACACUUUGAUAUACAAGAGAUUUUGUAUUGACUUUGGUUCUUGUAAUCAAGAAGCUCUGUUUUGGCUAGUAAAUUUUGCAAGUGUAGAUUUCAAUAAUUAUCCGCUUAUCUCAUUAAUCAGGCUGAAUUUUUAAUUGAAAAAAUAAAAUUUAAUUUAUUUUUAAUUUUUAUAAAAU